GACCAGACGCACGAACUCCGACACGGCCUCGUUGGAUUUUUGCGCCUUGGUGUUUCGUCUCUCGCGAUAUUCAUCCAAAGCAUUCGGCUCGCUGAAAAUGUCGGGGACUCGGUGCUUCGGUUGUGUAUCCUCGUUUGUGUUGGUGUUGUUGAGUUUAAUCCAGUUCACUGUCGCUUGUCCUCAAGGCUGUUUAUGCUACAAUACUAAUAAUGGCCCAACAGUUCGAUGUAAUCAUCAACAACUCUUUAAAAUACCCGAAGUUCCUACUUCUACCAAAGUAUUAGAUCUGAGGUUCAAUAAUAUCGUAGAAGUCAAACGUGCAGAUUUAACUGGCCUACGACAUCUUACGACACUACUCUUAAGCAGCAACAGAAUUACAUCCGUUGAUGUCAAUGCCUUCACUGGUUUAUCAGCUCUUAAAUACCUUUACCUGUAUAAUAACAAGCUUACAGUAAUCCCGGAAAGUUUGUUCAAGGGUCUCACUAACUUAGAACAGUUAUAUUUGCAUUUCAAUAAAAUAAAGAAAGUUGAGCCAAACACGUUAAGGAAUCUUAGGCGACUUGAAAGAUUAUAUAUCCAUCAUAACGAGCUCAGAACCCUCCCAAAAGGUCUAUUUCAGGAUUUAACUUCCUUGAGGCGACUGAGGCUCGAUUCCAACCAGUUGGUGUGUGACUGCGAUCUAGUCUGGCUUGCCACUCUUCUUCGUCGAACUCCUAACACAGAAACCGCUGCCACUUGUCAUGAGCCUGCUAAACUUAAGAAUAGACCGCUGGUCAGGCUCACACCCAGAGACCUCAACUGUAGUCCACCCCGCAUCGUUAGAAUACCAGCAAGCAUCGAGGUGACUGUCUCUGACACCGUUGUGGCAUUCAAAUGCAAAGCAGUGGGUGAGCCGACACCCAGUAUUCAGUGGCGAAAGCACUCAAAGCCUUUACCCCAAGAUAGCCGUCACAUCGUUCGUAAUGAUGGCACGCUCGAGAUUUUACGCCCAACAGUAGCCGAUGAAGGAAACUACGAAUGUCUUGCCAAGAAUGAAGCAGGCGAAGAACUGGCAGAAGCGUCAUUGAGAUACCAUGGGGUGGAGGCCGCGCCAGCCUUGAAUGACUACCCGCUACCCAGGGUUGAGUCGAUUCAAGGGAAUACUUUGACUCUCAAGUGCAGUGCAAGCGGCAGGCCCAGUCCUCUCAUCCUCUGGACCAAGGAAGAUGUACAGUUGACGACUGGGCCUAGGGUUAAAGUUACCGCAGGCGGGGAUUUACACAUAUCGUCAGUUCGUAGCUCGGACCAGGGUGUCUAUAGAUGUCACGCUAGUAACAAAGCAGGCAGCGUGGUGGCAACUACUACCGUUAUUGUAACAGGUAAAGACUCCAUGAAUAGCCAAGACCGUGGGGCCCCAAGAUUUGUUGCCAAGCCAACCAAUACCCACGUGCUGGAUGGAAGCACCGCGUCACUGGAAUGUCGCGCUGAAGGUUACCCCGUACCUGCGAUUGCAUGGUCUAAAGAUGGCGGGAGGCUACCAUCGCAGGAUCGACACAUUGUGUUACCUUCUGGAGCACUGAGGGUUGUUCACGCGCGGCCAAUAGAUGAAGGACAGUAUGAAUGUCGAGCCAUUAAUAUCUUGGGGGUCAUAAUUGCCCGCACUUACUUGACUGUUGUACCUCGAGUGCCACCCAGUAUCACCCAGAAACCAAAAGAUCAACGAGUGUCCGCUGGCCAAACAGUGAAAAUUAGCUGCAACGCCACAGGAGCACCACACCCAGUCAUUUCAUGGAUCAAAGACGACGUCCACAUCACUGAAGGCAACAGGUAUUCGACUAAUCAAGAAGGAGUCUUGACCAUCAGAGAUGUUAGCAAAUCAGACGAGGGAAGGUACGAGUGUGCCGCAAGAAAUAGUAUUGGUGUUGCAACAGCUGAGAUGAUACUGUUUGUAGAAGUUUCAGAUCUUGAAUUUGCUGGAGACAAGUUCGUAAACGCAUCUAUCGACAAAGCUAUCAGUAGCGUCGACCGAGCACUUAAAGCCACCAUCGCUAAACUCUUCCGCGGCUCUCAGCCAAGAUCACCCAGUGACUUACUAAAACUGUUCAGAUUCCCUUCUCCAGAAGCGCAGCAAAUUGCCCGCGCAGCUGAAGUCUUCGAGCGCACAAUCUACCUGGUACACGAACACGUGGCUAGUCUGGAAAUGGUGAACGUAAGUGAAGGAAAACAGAGGAGUUUCUUUGACCUUCUUUCACCUUCGUACGUUAGUAUGAUCGCUAAUCUAUCAGGCUGUCAUGUGCAUCGACGAAAAGAAAACUGCUCUGAUCUGUGUUUCCAUCUUAAAUACCGAUCAUCUGACGGGACGUGUAACAACCUACAGCAUCCAAUGUGGGGUGCCUCAUUGACUCCAUUCAAGCGUAUUCUCAGUCCUAUCUACGAAAAUGGCUUCAACGAACCAAUUGGAUGGAGCAACUCCUUAUCAAGACCAAGCGCGAGGCUUGUUUCCACGAGGCUUAUAUCAACUCCUAACGUCACCGAUGAUGAUAAGUAUACUCAUAUGCUAAUGCAGUGGGGCCAGUUCCUCGACCACGACAUGGAUUUCACCGUAACAAGUCUUAGUUUUUCGCGGUUCAGCGAUGGGACCGACUGCACUUCCACGUGUGAGAACAACAACCCGUGCUUUCCUAUUCAGAUACCCGAGGGAGACCCGCGCAUCAAGAAACACCGUUGUAUGCAGUUCACACGAUCGAGUCCCGUUUGCGGUACUGGAACCACCUCGGUUUUCUUCAGUACCGUCAACCACCGCGAACAGAUGAAUCAGAUAACCUCUUUUAUCGACGGCUCAAGUAUAUAUGGCUCCUCCGAGGAAGAAUCUAAGAACCUUAGAGAUUUACGCAGCAGAGGACUGCUUAAGACAAGCUCCGCUAUCGAUGAGAACGGAAAGCCGCUUCUUCCAUUCAAUCGUGACACACCCAUCGACUGUCUCCAACCACGUGACAGUCCUGUACCUUGUUUCCUAGCGGGAGACUUCCGAGCCAACGAACAGCUUGGACUGCUGUCUAUGCAUACUCUAUGGAUGCGCGAGCACAAUAGAAUAGCCAAGGAGCUUUUGCACCUCAACCCGCAUUGGAGUGGAGACAAAAUUUACCAGGAAACUCGCAAAAUAGUAGGGGCGCAGCUGCAGCACAUAACAGUGACUGAAUGGCUGCCAAAGAUUAUCGGUCCUAAAGGAAUAAAACUGUUUGGAGAAUACAAUGGAUAUGACCCAAAAGUCGAUCCUUCGAUCAUCAAUGCUUUUGCAACGGCUGCCUUUCGUUUUGGUCAUGGCUUGAUCAACCCAAUAAUAUUCCGUCUAAACAGUACGUUCCAGCCGAUAAAGGAAGGUAACAUUCCUCUGCACAAAGCUUUCUUCUCGCCAUACAAAAUCGUCCACGAAGGAGGUAUCGACCCAGUCUUGCGCGGAUUGUUUGGACGAGCGGCUAAGAGUCGUGAUGACAAGCACCAACUCUUAAACACUGAACUCACUGAACGACUAUUUGAAAUGGCACAUAAUGUGGCUCUCGAUUUGGGUGCUUUGAAUAUCCAACGCGGCCGCGAUCACGCCUUGCCUGGUUACAAUUCUUGGCGAGGCUUUUGUAACCUCUCUAUCGCAGAAACAUUUGAGGAUUUGAAAAACGAGAUCAAACAGCCUGAAAUAAGAAAGACGUUGAAAAAACUGUACAAAGAUCCAUCGAAUAUAGAUUUAUGGGUAGCUGGAUUGUUGGAAGAAUUCGAGCCUGGGAGCAGGAUUGGAAAAACGUUCACUUGCAUUAUCGUAGAGCAAUUUAAGCGCCUUCGAGCAGGAGAUAGAUUCUGGUACGAAAACCCAACCACCUUCACCCCAUUACAACUGACCCAGAUUCGCCAAACUACAUUAGCUCGUGUUCUAUGUGACAAUGGGGACAAUAUCCAGCAAGUACAAAACGAUGUGUUCAAGCGUGCCUCGUACCCUACCGGAUAUGUGUCAUGUAGUACUAUUCCAAGGUUGGACCUUAGACUCUGGAAAGAAUGCUGUGAUGAUCGAUGUUCAGUCGCAGACCAUACAUUCUCAUUUUCCACGAACCUGAGAGGGCGCUUCAAACGAUCCGCUCCAGAACAACAAGAGGAAGAAGAACCACCCAAGCAGUCCACUGCAUUCAAGACCCACACACCUAAAUCUUCUUCUGAUUCGCAGAAUCCCACUGAAAAACGAGAGGACAACCUCCACGUUGUUGCCGCUGAAAUAUUUGCUUCAAUAAAAGAUUCUGAAAAACACAAUGAAAAGCGAAACACGACAGAAAAGGGAAGCAAGACUGAGGAUAAAGAAAUGGAAAGCGAGACGAUUAGCACUAUAUCAAACCAAGUAAAAUCUUUAGCAAAUAAUAUGGUUGAAAUGGCAGAAACUGUUCGAUCUUUACGUGACACUGUAAAUUCCUUAAAGAGAGAAAUUCAGGAAUUGAAACACGAAUCCCAAAAAGAAAAACGCUGCACAGCUGCAAAUGGACAAAUAUAUGGGACAGGAGAAACUUGGAAACAAGAUAAAUGUACAGCAUGUACAUGUGAGGAAAGCCAAGUAAUUUGUAUAAAGCAAAAAUGCCCGGUUUUAAAUUGUAAAAAUCCUCAGAUGCAUGAGAAUUUAUGUUGCAUGAAAUGCCUUGAUUGAAUUUUGCAGCAAUACUUUUAGAUGGCCAAUCAAGGAGUCAAAGCAGGACUUCCCUCUGGCAUGGAAACUGACUCAGAAAACGAAUAUUUCAGCUCAAGCCACUUCAUGUUUUAACCCUUUUAUGAGAAAAAAAUAAAAUAUAUGUAUUUAAAUAUGCUCAAAUAAUUACCCAAAUAUUUUCAAACAAUUUCAUCAAAAACAUAGUUAAAAUUGACUUAUCGAUAUUAUUUGAGCAGAAAACCGUGCUAAAUAUUUCUUUUAAAACAUGCAUGUUACAGUUAUUUUUUGUAAGUACUAAAUAUAGGAGCAAAAAGGCAGUAUUAUGGGAUGACACUUUUGAACUAAUACAGUGUGUGCAGCCAUGUGACUCAAAAUCUAUGGGAUAUGAAUAACAAUGAAACAACCGCCAUGUUGGUUGAUCUAACAAGAGAAGCUAAUGAGGAAUGCAUUGUUAUAUCGUCAACCAACAUGGCAGGUAUGGCGUAACAUGCACCUGCUCUAUAUAUUUGAAUGCGCGUUAAUAAUUAAGAUAAUGGGGUAUAUAAUAUAUGCUUUUAACAACUAUAGCAACUAUGAAGAGAAGAGAGGAGGGGGGACUGGGGAGGAGGAAGGGUGAAGAGGGGAGAGAAGAGAAGGACUAGGCAGGGGACUUCCUCCUCUCCAGCCACCCUCUCCUCUCCUCUCUUCGAAGCACCACAACUCAGGCUAGUAAUUCAAUUCCAUAGGUGUGAUAGAGCAUAUACAUAGAGCUGUAUUUGGUUGUCAGCCUCUAGAUGUUGUACUGUCGUACUAUUCUUCGGAUUGGGGAAGGGGGGAGGGGGCAAGGGGCUAUGCCUAUGUGGGUUAGGUCCAUUGUUUAUGUAGUGUUCUUUCCUUCAAACACAAGGCGCAUGGCAUGGCCAGCAGUUUUAAAAAUAGUGUAUGCGUUUUAGAUAUUUUAUGGUAAAUAAAGCUGCAUGUUUUUUCGCUCCGGUUAAUUUUGUACUAAAACAUCUGAGAGGAAACUAAGCAAAUAGAAUUCCUUGGAGCAGUGAAUUUUUUUGUUUUUUUUUUGUUUUGUUUGCUGCGUCUUGUACGCGAGGGCUAUAAUUACUAGUCAUGAAUAAAAAGUUAAAGCAAGAAUAAAGUAACGAAAUAGUAACA